AUGUACUUCGCUACUGCGCUUGCUGCGUUGUUGUAUGGCGCCGGUGUGUUCUGCUUGGAGCAACCAAUUGUCACCCUGGGCCACUCCCAAUACCGCGGGAACCGACUGCCUUCCGGCAUCGACGAGUAUCUAGGGGUACCCUACGCCGCACCACCCCUAGGCGACCUGCGAUUCCGUGCUCCAAGGGACCCGGUGGACGCGUCCGGAGUGCAAGAUGCGACCAAGUUUCGACGGCCAUGCGUCGGCGUUGGGCAGAACGUCAGCGUGGCGUUCGCCGAGGACUGUCUCUACAUGAACGUGUUUACUCCCAGCAAUGCGACGGCGCAGUCGAAGCUCCCAGUCUGGGUGCACAUCCAGGGCGGGGGCUACGCGUGGAACUCCAACGCGAACUUCAACGGCAGCAAAGUGAUCGAAGAAUCCGGCUUUGAUGUGGUCUACGUCGCCUUCAACUACCGCGUGGGAGCUCUGGGGUUCUUGGCCAGCGAGCGGCUGCGACAGGACGGCGACUUGAAUGUCGGGCUGCUUGACCAGCGAAAAGUGCUGUUCUGGAUCAGAGAGCACAUCCAGCAGUUCGGAGGCGAUCCGGAGCACAUUGUGAUCCACGGAGACUCUGCCGGUGCUGGCUCCAUCGCCCACCACAUGACGGCGUACGGCGGUCGUGAUGACCGACUCUUCAUAGGAGCCGUAUACGAGUCUCCGUUUUGGCCGACCCUGCGGACUGUGUCCGAGAUGGAGUUCCAGUUUGACCGGUUCGUUGAGGACGCCGGGUGCAGCGAAGCAGAAUCCCCGAUGGAGUGUCUUCGAGCGGCCAACCUCGACCAACUACUGCAAGCAAAUGUCGUUUCAUCCUUCCCUGGCGCCGAGGGCCUGCUUCUCCCGUACUGGUACUUCCUCCCGGUCAUCGACGGCGACCUGAUCCAAGACCAACUCUACACGCUGUUCAGCCAGGGCAAAUCACUAAACAUGCCGUUGCUGGUGGGCGACGACACCAACGAGGGCACCGAAUUCGUGAACAACGCAUCGACCCCAGCGGAGAUGGCCUCCUUCCUCAAAGCCAACUAUCCGCACCUGCAGCCGGCCAGUCUCGAGGCCAUCCAGCGCGCAUACCCGUUGAUGCCCCCCGUGCCGAACCACAACGCCUACUUCCCCUCGGUGGCGGCCGCAUACGGCGACGCGACGUUCACCUGUCCGGGGAACUUCAUCACCAUGUCCAUGGCUGAGCGGAACGACUCCGACAGCAAGGUCUGGAACUACCGGUACAACGUGCGCGCGCCGGCGCUGAUGGCGGCGGGGGUGGGAGUUCCGCAUACGUUCGAGAUGAGUGCGAUUUUUGGCGUGGGGUAUGCAGGACACGAGAAGACGACCAGCUACAACACGGUGAACAAGGCCGUCGUUCCGAUAGUGAUGGACUACUGGAUCAGCUUUGUGAAGUACUUGGAUCCGAACGUGGCGCGCAACCGCAACGCGCCGGAGUGGGGGCGCUGGGGAUCGGGCGAUGGCAAGCGGCUGAAGAUCGAGACGAAUGCGACGUCCAUGGAAUUGGUCUCGUCGAUGUUGACCGAGCAUUGUGCGCUGUGGAGGGAUCUGGCGCCGGAGAUGGAGUUGUGA